UUUGGGGGUCCUGCGGCCCACGCCUUCCCCGCGCCUGUGGAUGGUGCAAAGGGCGGCGCCUCUGCCAGCUCGGGGGCGGUGCUGGGGUCCGCGGGGUGAGGGAGGGCAGUGUCAAUGCGCGUGGGACACGGGGCUUUCAGACUUAGGUCUUGAGGCCCUCGGGGCCCAAACUCCCCGGCCGGCAUGCGCGACAGGACCCGCGAGCUGAGGCAGGGGGAUCACAGCUCGGACGAUGAGGACGAGGUGCGAGUCGCGCUGGUGGUGCAACCGGGUACCGCCCGGCUGGGGAGCCCGGACGACGAGUUCUUCCAGAAGGUCCAGACAAUUCGGCAGACCAUGGUCAAGUUGGAGAAUAAAGUCCGGGAGUUGGAGAAACAGCAGGUCACCAUUCUGGCCACGCCCCUUCCCGAAGAGAGCAUGAAGCAAGACCUGCAGAACCUGCGUGAUGAGAUCAAACAGCUGGGCAGAGAGAUCCGGACACAGCUGAAAGCCAUAGAACCACAGAAGGAGGAAGCUGAUGAGAAUUAUAACUCAGUUAACACAAGAAUGAAAAAAACCCAGCAUGGGGUCCUGUCCCAGCAAUUUGUGGAGCUCAUCAACAAGUGUAAUUCAAUGCAGUCCGAGUACCGGGAGAAGAAUGUGGAACGCAUCCGGAGGCAGCUGAAGAUCACCAAUGCUGGAAUGGUAUCUGAUGAGGAGCUGGAGCAGAUGCUGGACAGUGGGCAGAGCGAAGUGUUCGUGUCUAAUAUACUGAAGGACACUCAAGUGACACGACAGGCCCUAAAUGAGAUCUCAGCUCGGCACAGUGAGAUCCAGCAGCUUGAGCGCAGUAUCCGUGAACUUCAUGAGAUCUUUACUUUCCUUGCUACUGAAGUAGAGAUGCAGGGAGAGAUGAUCAACCGGAUUGAAAAGAACAUCCUGAGCUCAGCAGACUAUGUGGAACGUGGACAGGAGCAUGUCAAGACAGCCCUUGAGAACCAGAAGAAGGCGAGGAAGAAAAAAGUCAUGAUUGCUAUCUGUGUAUCCAUCACUGUCCUCAUUUUGGCUGUCAUCAUUGGUGUCACCACAGCAGCUGGAUAAUGCCACGCAUUCCUGUGGGCGCACCAGGACCCAGAGCCUAGCCUUUCCUCUUGGCAGGUGCAGGGGCAAGGCCAAGCCUCCAGUGUGAUGCUGUCCUUACACUGCCCCUGUGCAGAGGGGCAGAUGGUUCUUCUGGGAUUGUCGGCUGCUCCUCCAUGGGGGUCUCCUUCAAGCCACAGUGCCUAGAAGAGAGCCUGCUGUGUCCUGUUUGGUUGGGACACAUGGUUUUGUAAAAAAAUUAAAGAAAAAAAAGUUUGGA